AUGAAUAUCGUUGAGUGGGCUUUCGGGAAGCGGAUGACCCCCGCGGAGCGUCUGCGCAAACACCAGCGCGCCCUGGACCGAACACAGCGUGAGCUUGACCGGGAGCGGGUGAAAUUAGAAAAUCAGGAGAAGAAGCUGGUACAAGAUAUCAAGAAGAGUGCCAAGAAUGGACAAGUUGGAGCAUGCAAGAUCCAGGCCAAAGACCUGGUCCGGACUCGGAGAUACAUUCAGAAAUUCUAUCAAAUGCGCACUCAAUUACAGGCUAUCUCCCUGCGCAUCCAGACCGUCCGAAGCAAUGAGCAGAUGAUGCAGUCAAUGAAGGGAGCUACCAUGCUCUUGGGUAGUAUGAACAGACAAAUGAAUUUACCAGCGCUGCAACGGAUUGCUAUGGAAUUUGAACGAGAAAACGACGUUAUGGACCAACGGCAAGAGAUGAUGGAUGAUGCUAUUGACGAGGCCACAGGAAUGGAAGGGGAGGAAGAUGAAGGCGAGGAUAUCGUGAGGGAGGUCUUGGAUGAGAUUGGAGUUGACCUGAACCAGGCGCUGGGCGAAACACCCGCAGACAUUCAGAAGGCACCGGCCAAUGAAACUCGUGUUGCGCAGGCUAUAGGGGGAGGCAACACGAGUGAUGACGACCUUCAAGCAAGACUCGACAGUCUUCGACGAUGA